GGUGGUGAUGUCACCGCGCCCACCGGAUCCAUGGCACCACUUUUGAAUUCUCUUCCUGCAGGGAGACUCUGAAACCUUUGUAUCUGCGGGUUCCUGUGGGUUUUAUCUUUAAGGACACAGUGAAUCGUUGGAGAGCGUAUUCAAGGGGUGGAUUCGCAGUCGAGAAACUCGUACGAAACAUCUCAUCAAGAAUUGACAAAUUACUCAAUUUAUUGUAACCAGAAUAUCAUUGGAUUUUGACCAUGGAAGAAGAAAACACCUCUCUGAGUGGGGAGAAACCGUACACAUGUUCUGUGUGUGGUCGAGGCUUCAGCCAAUCAUCCGGCCUGUCUAAACACAAGCGCAGUCAUGACAGGGAGAAGCUGUGUAAAUGUGGGGACUGUGGGAGGGCAUUUAAUUUCCCCUGCGAGCUGGAAAUUCAUCAGCGCUGUCACACUGGGGAGAGGCUGUUCCUGUGCUCCGUCUGUGAGAAGGCCUUCACUCGGUCAGCACACUUGCUGCAACACCAGCGAGUUCACACUGGACAGAGGUCGUUUACUUGCUCUGUUUGUGACAAAGGCUUUACUAAUUUGUCCAACCUGCUGAGACAUAAGCAGGUUCAUAUUAUCGAGAGACCUUUUAAAUGUACAGACUGUGGGAAGUGCUAUAAAAGCUCCAGGGAACUGACACGCCAUCAAAGUGUCCACACAGAUGAGAGACCAUUCAAGUGCUCUGUGUGAGACUGGGCUCAAGCAUUCAUUUGAACUCACUCUACAUCAACGCACUCACACUGGAGAGGAGCCGUUCACCUGCUCCAUGUGUCAGAAGAAGUUCACUCAAUCAUCUCACCUUCGGUCACACCAGCGAGUUCACAGAGGGGAGAGACCAUAUGCCUGCUCCAUGUGUGAGAAGAAAUUUGCUCAUUCAUCCCAUCUGGUGAGACACCAGCGAUGUCACAAGUAGUUCCGGUGUUGGGAUUUUCCUGUUAAUCACAUCCAUAACUGAUCCAUGUAUAUCAGGCUCUUAUUCUGUUGAUGUUAUUAAAAUCCAACCAAGUUAAAGUUGCUAGUAUUCUCAGUGUCAAGUAAAUCAGAUAUGUAACAAUUACAAAGUGUGGUGAGCUUUUUAAAUAAAGAACACAAGUUUGUUAUUUUUGAAGAGCUCUCCCUCUCUCCUGCCUCUUCCAUCCUCACCUCCAGCAAUAAGUACAGGGAAUAUAUUGAGCUUCUUUGUCACUAAGAUUGAGACAAUCUGAUCAGCUUCCUGUCUCGUUUCCCCCUCAUUCGCUCUUUCAGACAAAGUGCCUCAAAAGUUUUUUUUUCCAUGUCCGAGCCCUGGACGUAUACGUGUCUUCACUCUCCCUCCAUUUCCUGUCUUGCCAUGUUAGAGCUCA